AUGGCGGUCCGCGUACAGUUCGAAAACAAUAAUGAAGUGGGAGUAUUUAGUAAGUUGACAAAUUCUUAUUGUCUCGUCGCUAUCGGCGGAUCCGAAAAUUUCUACAGCGUGUUCGAGGCCGAAUUGGCUGAUACAAUCCCCGUAGUGCACGCGAGCAUUGCCGGUUGCCGCAUCAUUGGACGCAUGACUGUUGCUAACAAGAACGGCCUGCUCGUGCCAUCAUCCACCACAGACACAGAAUUGCAACACAUUAGAAAUAGUUUACCAGAGAACGUUAAGGUUCAGCGUGUAGAGGAACGCCUGAGCGCCCUCGGGAACGUGAUCACAUGCAACGACUACAUUGCCCUCGUACACCCUGAUUUGGACCGCGACACUGAGGAAAUCCUUGCUGAUACUCUAAAUGUUGAAGUAUUCAGACAAACAGUAGCAGGAAACGUCCUAGUCGGCACUUACGCAGCGCUCAGCAACAGAGGCGGCCUUGUACACCCCAAAACGACAAUCCAAGACCAAGAUGAACUCUCAUCCCUUCUACAAGUACCUUUAGUGGCAGGCACAGUGAACAGAGGCAGUGAAGUCAUAGCUGCAGGACUCGUAGUUAACGAUUGGUGUGCCUUUUGUGGUAUGGACACUACAUCAACUGAAAUCUCGGGCGCCAUGGAGAGGGUCUCGGGGAAGGCGACGUACUCGCCGCGCUUGCUGAGGGCGCCGCCCCCCACUCCGCCCGUAGAUAUGGGGGGAGGUAUACCCUACCUUGGGCUGGGGGAGCUGCGCGUAGGGCGCCAUGGAGAGGGUCUCGGGGAAGGCGACGUACUCGCCGCGCUUGCUGAGGGCGCCGCCCCCCACUCCGCCCGUAGAUAUGGGGGGAGGUAUACCCUACCUUGGGCUGGGGGAGCUGCGCGUAGGGCGCCAUGGAGAGGGUCUCGGGGAAGGCGACGUACUCGCCGCGCUUGCUGA